AUGCCUUCUCUCCUCCUCAUUGUAUUCUGUUUGCAACUCUUCAUCCACCUCGUCAACACCGUUGGCGCGCCUGUCAUCAAUGAAUUCCUAUGGAGCCUCUACAACCGACUUCCCACGUCUACCUCUGCUGAUGCCAAGUCUCAAAUCAAGCUCCAGAGGGAAGUGAUACGCCUGAAGCGGGAGAUGAAUGCUACGAGUUCUCAGGAUGAGUUUGCCAAAUGGGCAAAGAUACGGAGGAGCCAUGACAAGAUUCUGGCACAGUAUGAUGAGAAGACCAACAACCUCAAAUCCUUCAAAUCGACCUUCGACCGCACUGUCAACGCUCUCCGCUGGGUCGGCACCAAUGGCCUCCGCUUCUUCCUACAAUUCUGGUUCUCCAAACGACCGCUCUUCUGGAUACCAAGGAAUUGGGUGCCGGGCUAUGUGGAGUGGUUGCUUGCAUUCCCUAGAGCACCGACGGGGAGUGUGAGUAUACAGCUGUGGUGGAUCGCUUGCGCGACUAUAGUGCGGCUUGUUGGAGCCGCAGUUGUGGCAGCGCUGGUCUUGGUAAGGGAACAAGAGCAGGGAGGGCAGAAGAUGAAGAUCGGUGCAGGAGCCAGAGGUGGGAAGGGGGAAGGGAAGAAAGAGCUUUAG